AUGAAACUGUUCUUGCUAACUCUUUCCGUGGUCUUGGCCUUGGUCGCCGCCUCCCCAACUGGGCUCAACCGCACCAGCCACCUGCCCCAGGUGACUUUCUCCGAGGGUCCCGAGGGUCGCAUUGUCAAUGGCUACACAGCCGACGAGGGCAAGGCUCCCUACAUUGUGGGUCUGUUCCUCCGAAACGAUGGAAGCAACAGUGGUGCUGUUGGAGCUGGCACAAUCAUUGCCAACAACUGGAUCCUGACCGCCGCCCAUUGCCUGACCACCGACUACGUGGAAAUCAACUACGGUUCCAACAAGGCCUGGAACGGAGCAUUGAAGCAAAUCGUCCGUCGAGAGAACUUCAUCAGCUAUCCCGACUUUGGCUCCCGGGCCGGCACUGACAUCGGUCUGAUUCGCACUGAUCCCGUUACCUUCACUGAUCUGAUCAACAAGGUCGCCCUGCCCAGCAUGAGCGAGCAGAGCGAUCGUUUCCAGGACACUUGGGUCUUGGUCUGCGGAUGGGGCGGUAUGGACAACGGAAACCUGGCCGAAUUGCUGCAGUGCAUGGACGUCCAGAUCAUCAGCAACAGCGAGUGCGAGCAGUCCUACGGCUCGGUGGCCAGCACUGACUUGUGCACCCGCCCCGUCGGUGGCAGAUCCACCUGUGGAGGCGACUCCGGUGGUCCCAUGGUUACCCAGGACAAUCCCCGCCUCGUGGGAGUGAUCACCUUCGGCUCUGGUGACUGCCACAGCGGUCCCUCUGGAGGAACCCGCGUCUCCGACUAUCUGGGAUGGAUUCGCGACAACACUGGCAUUUCCUACUAA